AUGGCUACACAUGCAGAUAAGAUAUACAAACUGGAACAGAAGCUCGAGAAGGAGACUCUCACAUCUAUACUAAAAGUUCUCACAUUCAUAUGCCAAGAGACGGGCUCGACGACUGAGGUUGUGCCUGUUACGAGGCCAGACAUAGCCUCAAGUUCAUGGGUCUAUCAGUACUCAUACCGCGGAAUUAACAUUAUCCAGAGGCCUGAGCCAGUGGGUUUCGCGGGAUGGAGGGAAUACGAUCCGAACGACGGAGGCCGUACGUCCAUUGUGAUUCACUACUCUGCUGUCAUGAACGGCGAUCAGCGUUGGGAAUUCCAACUCUCCAUUUAUGAUCCCGAAAAGUUUUGGGAGUCUUUGAAAGCACAUGGCAAUGCAGCGACUGACUGCGAGGAAUAUAAUAAGCUUCUUGCUACUCUCUGGUCGGAGACUUACAAGAUUCCCUUUAAGAACAACAGAAGCCCGAUUUCUGCUCGGAUUACCAAAAUCGAAACAGUGAACUAUCCAAAGGCUGACAAAUAA